CUUUACACAUCCCUGAUAAACUAAAAGAAAAAGAUUGAUUAAUUUAAUACCACGGAAGUCGCGACGGGGUGAGAAAAAGCGAGACAUGUCCAAUGAAAAGGAGGACGAGUGCGACAAGCACAAGCAGCAGGCGGAGGCGGACGGCAAGUCGACGUCUAGCGAGGAUUCGGAUGAGUACCAGUCGGCCGGUGAGGGCGACGAUGGCGAAGGCGACGGCGACGGUGAUUCCCCGACGAGCGCCACGCCCACAGCCACCAAGGCAGCCCCGCCGCCACCGCCCACAUCCGAGCCCCUGCCCCUCGACUAUCCGAUGCACCAGAGCGUCUUCGAGGACGACAUCAAGUCGCUGCAGCGCCGCCUUCUUUUGGCCACUGCCCCGGAUGAAGUGGGCCGCAAGGACAAGCACGGCAACACGCCACUCCAUUUGGCCGUCAUGCUGGGCAGGAAGCACGCCGUGCGCCUGCUCCUCGCCCAGAACGCCCCCGUGAAGAUCAAGAACAACGAGGGCUGGUCCCCGCUCUCGGAGGCCAUCAGCUAUGGCGACCGGCAGACAAUCACCCAGGUGCUGCGCAUGCUCAAGCUGCAGUCGCGCGAGCACAUGGAGAGCCGUCGCGAGAAGCUGGUGAAUGCCCUGCGCCAGAUGCAGGACUUCUACAUGGAGUUCAAGUGGGAUUUCCAAUCCUGGCUGCCGCUCGUCUCCCGCAUCCUGCCCUCGGACAUCUGCCGGCUGUACAAGUGCGGCGCCUCCAUUCGGCUGGACACCACGCUGGUGGACUUCAACGACAUGCGCUGGGAGCGCGGCGACAUCUCGUUCCUGUUCCGCGGCGAGGCUCCGCCGCGGGAGUCGCUGGUGCUGCUGGACAACGAACAGGAGUGCUUCCAGCGGCUGCGCUACGAGGAGUCCGACAUGGAGGACGAGGUGGACGUGCUGAUGUCCACCGAUAUUUUGGCCACCCAGAUGUCCACCAAGACGAUACAGUUCGCCCGGGCGCAACGCGGCUGGAUAUUCCGUGCGAAUCGCAAGGAGCUGAUUGGCGGGCAGUACCAGUGCGAGAUCUACACCAUCCAGGGCCUGAUCCUCAAGCAGCGCAAAAGGCGCGAGCACCUGUCGCACGAGGAUCUGCAGAAGAACCGCGCCAUUGUGGAGACAAUCACCAAGGGUGGCAAUCAGCAGUCGCAGCCGCCGCAGCAGCAGCCGGAUGAACGGCGCUCCAGUUUGGGAAGCCAGAAUUCGCCGAAUGGCAUCACACUGCCCGAGCUGCCGCGACGCAGUUCGCUGCAGGCGCCACCUGCGACGACGGUCACCUGGCGGCAGUAUCUCGACGCGGAGGUGGGCAAGUGCCCGCAACUGGGCAGGCCGCCCGUCCACAAGCAGUCGAACAAGACGCUGCGCGCCACGGUGGCCAUGAGCAAGGACUUCCCGCUCAGCGUGGACAUGCUGCUGGACGUUCUGGAGGUAGUGGCGCCCCUCAAACACAUUAACAAGCUGCGCGAGUUCGUCACGCUCAAGCUGCCGACGGGCUUUCCCGUGAAGAUCGAGAUACCCGUGCUGCACACGGUCACCGCCAAGGUGACGUUCCAGAAGUUCGAGUUCCGCGACAACAUCCCCGCCAAGAUGUUCGAGGUGCCGUCGCACUACUGGGAGGAUGUGCGUCGCUUUCAGGACUUAUGACCAGGCGACGGAGAAGCCGCCGCGAAGCCGAAGGCCUCUGGAGCGGCAGGAGCAGCGCCGGGCGUCCGUGUCGAUUUGAAUCGCAAUGCACCGCCGCCCUCCAUCGCGGAAUUCGAUUGAGGAGGCGGCACAAUUUGUGUUGUCGGGUUUUUAGAAAACCUCUGGCUGGCCAAGGCCGGCGGAGGAUCACUGCUCCAAAAUGGGCAGUGUGUUUAUGUAUGUAUGCUUAAGAGGAAACCACCCACAUACAAAAUUGCAAUUUUCACCCCUUAGAGGAUUCUAUUUAUUACGCCUUCAAUGCAGCUGUCUAAAUCCAAAUAAGACGCUCUGAAAAUUGCAAUUUUACAUUUACGUUUUGUUAUGUACUGUAUUUGUUUGUAAUUAAGCCCCCUUCACCAAGGGUUAUUAUUUCGUAGUAUUUAUUGUUAGAUUCAACAACAUUCUGCCCAGGCUCGCCCUCAAAACAGCUGCUCUUUCGGCGAGGAAACCAGAAAGUUCUAUUCCCGAAAUUGCCUUUCCUAUCGGCAGUGAGGUAAAAAUAAUUGUCCAAUCGCCAGAUACGCCGGCUGAUAGCCACGAUCCAUCCUACAUAAUCAAAAGGUAGUUAGUGAGUAAUCAGAUUUUACCAAAAGUCCGAUCGUUUCACACACACCGCUUAUCAUUUUAUUUAUGUCCACAUCCUCUUCCGCGUUUAGUGCAAUUUCAUACGUAGAUUUAAGGUCAACCAAGGAAGCCGGAUGUUUAUUUUCGGCCCUUUCCAAAAGAGUCUGCCCCCCGCUUGAAGAGCGUACAUCCAACCAUCUUGCGUUCUUUUUAUACUUAGGCUACGUGUACUAGA